ACUCGCUCCACUGCAUGGGUUCAUGGUCUGAACAAGCGCUUCAGCAAGUUUAUCGAUACCUACCUAUCUACUCGCGCGACUUUGCGUAUGCCAACAACGCGCCCGUAGUACUUCGCAUGGCCAGAGCUAACGUCAGCGAGAUCACUGCAAAGACCUUUGCCGAGCUCCUCUCUGGCCCGACGAUCGACUUUUACGUCGGUGAAGAGCGUCGGCAUUGGUCGCUGCAUCGCAACCUACUAUGUCACCAUUCGCCCUACUUCGAAUCCGAAUUUCUCGCCAACAAGACGUCCAAACCCUCUUCGAGAUCUGAGCUUGAACUACCUGAUCAAGAUCCUGCUGGUUUCGAGUUGCUGGUGAAAUGGCUGUAUCAAGGAACGUUGGAUGACACGUCCGAUAUGACGGACGAGAAGAAAUACGAGUACUCGGUAGCCUGCCACAAGCUGUACUUGCUCUGCAACAAGUUCGACCUUCCAAUCUUGAGGAAUGAGUCCAUCGACCGAUACAGACAAGGCUUACUCGAAGCUCAACUCGUCCCCGAUGCCGAAGAGAUCAACGAAAUCUAUCGCAGCUCCCCAGUGGGUUCGCCGUUCCGGAAACUCAUGGCUCAGAUUGCUGCGCGACAGAUCAUGGAUCCAGACAGUGAAAAGAAUGCCGAGAGCUACCGAAACUGCUUCAAAGACAAUCCUGAUUUUGCAGUCGAUAUGGUCAACGCUAUCAAAGAAGGCACUGGAGGCAUACUGUUUGACGACCCAACAGACGGCGACCAGGCAGCAUAUCACGAGGACCUUACUCCACGUCAGAAUGGCAAAGGUCCAGCAUCCAAGUUGACGCCGAACCCUUCCAGACGACGAAGAUCAUCCUCUGCAGACGCAGGCGCGGAGCGACUCCCCGAUGGAGAACGAAGACGUGGUUCAGAGUCUGAGCUGCCCACACCACCAGACUCAACUCGACGAGAGAACGGAUACGGAGUCCGACGAUUCAACGGAACCAGCAGAACCAUUGCCAAGAGUCCGUCCACGGGAGAAAGAGUCGAACCAAAUCACGUCAAUGGAGACGCAGAGAGUCCCUCAAGAAAGAAGCCAAAGAAGCUUGUCAUACGUGGAGGCUCUUCGUCGCCGCAAAGACAAGGGGCAGCU